AUGCAGAUCUUCGUGAAGACCCUCACGGGCAAGACUAUCACCCUCGAGGUGGAGUCGUCCGACACCAUUGACAAUGUCAAGUCCAAGAUCCAGGACAAGGAGGGCAUCCCCCCCGACCAGCAGCGCCUGAUCUUCGCCGGAAAGCAGCUCGAGGACGGCCGCACCCUGUCCGACUACAACAUCCAGAAGGAGUCCACCCUCCACCUGGUGCUGCGCCUGCGUGGUGGUGGCAAGAAGCGCAAGAAGAAGGUCUACACCACCCCCAAGAAGAUCAAGCACAAGCGCAAGAAGACCAAGUUGGCCGUCCUCAAGUACUACAAGGUCGACUCCGACGGCAAGAUUGAGCGUCUCCGCCGCGAGUGCCCCUCCGACACCUGCGGUGCCGGUGUCUUCAUGGCCGCCAUGAACGACCGCCAGUACUGCGGCCGCUGCCACCUCACCUACGUCUUCGACAAGAAGGAAUAA